CGCAAAGGCCCAGAAUGGACAUCUCGACGGAGUUCGUAUCAGUCGGUGGAAACAGAAACCCUGCUGCGGCAGACUGGGACGUCAACGGCACAGGACUUCUGGCGUUCGGCGCCGACAACUGCAUCGCAUUGUGGGAUCCUCAGGAUGAGCAACUUCGUGGGGUAAACACAGUCUUGAAUGGGCAUGCCAAGUCCGUCAAUGCGGUCAGGUUCUUUCCCACAGACUUGACACAAGUUUCCAUCCUUCUGAGUGGUGCCGCGGACAACACGAUCCGUAUCUGGCGCGCCCAGAAUGAUAAAGCGUCUACCUAUAUCUGCAUGAAGACCAUUUCCGGACACACCAAUCCCAUCACCAAGAUCGCCACAUUGCCGAAAUCAGACAUCUUCGCGACUGGCUCCUCAGAUGGGUCUGUCAAGAUAUGGAAGCUUGUCCACGAUGAAAGCUUUUCCUCUGUAGAUGUUGAGCUUCUGCAGACAAUCGCUUUGAAGCCGAGAUACUUCCCUCUGAUCCUUGCUCUUGGCCAACUCGAUGCUGACUCCAUGGUGCUGGCGGUUGCAGGCACCCGCCCAACCAUUCAAGUUUUUGUUUCUCGAGAUACCCAAUUCCACCUCUCUGCGACACUUACUGGGCACGAGGGAUGGAUCCGGGCGCUCGACUUCACUCGCGAGACAGCAGAUGCGAGCAGCGAUCUGUUGCUAGCAUCAGCAAGUCAGGACAAGUACAUUCGUCUUUGGAGAUUCCAUCAGGGCAACGAGCUACCGGUCGCAAGUAGCGCACUCAACGAUCCUGCUCUUGGAGGACUUGUAAAGUCAUUAUCGAACAAAGCACACUGGAUCGAAUCGGCAACAUCGAAGCACUCCAUCACCUUCGAGGCGCUGUUGCUCGGACAUGAAGACUGGAUCUACACAGCUUCGUGGCGGCAUCGAGACGGGAAGCUCCAGCUACUGUCGACAUCGGAGGACAACUCACUUUCCAUUUGGGAAUCCGAUCCGGCAUCAGGUGUCUGGGUGUGCAUCACAAGACUUGGAGAGAUCAGCGCUCAGAAAGGAUCCACGAGUGCGACAGGAAGUGCGGGUGGGUUCUGGAUUGGUCUUUGGUCGCCAGAUGGCAACUCGGUCGUGUCUCUAGGAAGAACAGGCAGCUGGAGGAAGUGGAUCUAUUCUGCUACUGAAGACAUGUGGGCACAGCAAGUCGCAAUCACCGGACAUGUUCGAGAAGUAAGGGGGGUGACAUGGUCAAGAGAUGGCGCAUACCUACUCUCAACAUCACAAGAUCAAACGACACGCCUCUUCUCGGAGUGGAAACGGGAGGAGACGGCGCCGUCAUGGCACGAGUUCUCAAGACCGCAAAUCCACGGGUACGAUCUGAACUGUGUGGACGCCAUCAGUGAUUCUCAGUUCGUUUCCGGCGCUGACGAGAAGCUCUUGCGAGUCUUCGAUGAGCCGAAGGGUGUCGCCGAGAUGUUGAGCAAGCUUUGCAACAUCAAGUCCAAGGACACAACUGAUCUUCCAGAUGCGGCAAAUAUCCCAGUGCUAGGACUCUCGAACAAAGCGAUCCAAGCAGUAGGCGACGACGAACCACUGGAAGAUGGCGAGGAAGACGAGCGUGAAGCCGUUGAUCCUGCGUCCAUUAUCAAGAAGUCCGCGCUGGAAUUCUCGCACCCGCCAUUCGAAGAUCAUCUUGCUCGCCAUUUACUUUGGCCUGAAACCGAGAAGUUGUACGGUCACGGCUAUGAGGUAUCCGCAGUGGCAGUCAGUCGAGACGGCAGCCUGGUUGCAACAGCAUGCCGAGCAUCCUCCAUCGACCACGCAGUCAUCCGACUCUACGAUACGAAAGAAUGGCUUGAAGUGAAGCCAGCUCUAAAGGCACAUUCACUCACGGUCACCUCGCUCCAAUUCUCGCCCAACGAUAGGUAUCUAUUAAGUGUUGGACGUGACAGGCAGUGGGCCGUCUGGGAGCGCAGCGAAGAGCCUUCGCUGUACGCGUUGAAGCACUCGAACCCCAAGGGUCAUUCGCGCAUGAUCCUGAGCUGCGCGUGGACGUCGUUUGAGCAGCCGACGUUCCUGACCGCAGGACGCGACAAGUCGGUCAAAAUCUGGCAGGUCGCCGAAGGCGAAGUGGAGCUGAAAGGUACGGUGACUGCGAAUACCUCCGUCACCGCCGUUGCAAGUAGCGAGAGAGUCAUUGAUGGGACGACGUGGUUCGCAUUUGGCACUGAAACCGGUGAGAUCGGCAUCGUCAGUGCGAAAGCAGACGAGCUGGACAAGAGUGAAGUGACAAUGGUCAGCGUAGAUAUCUCCCCUGCUAAGACGAUAAACCAGAUCGUAUGGAGACCUGGCAGGAGUGAGGGGCAGGGGUACCAGAUCGCUGUAGCUAGUGACGACUCUUUCGUACGUGUGUACAACGUCGUGCAAGGAUCAACGUGAGCUGCGCAUGAUGUAGGUAAAUUAGCACAUGGUAAUGAGAGAGAUCAAUUGACGAUAUGUCGUG